AAGAAGAAGAAGAAGAAGAAGAAGAAGAAGAAGAAGAAGAAGCGUACCGGAGCUAGAAGGCUAAGCUAACUAAAACGGUUUUUUUGGAAGAUCUUGUUUUCACAAAGGCAUUUACACUAUGACAUACAGGAGYGAGAAAAGUAUACGAGAGAUGUAUGAUGAACGCUUUAUACCCGAGCGACCGGGUCCAUACCCACGGGUGUCAGGAGGUGCAGAGAGGAGAGGCCCCUUUAGCAGGCCAGAUGAAGACUAUGGUCGUGGCGGCGGGUACGAAUAUGAAGGCGGUCCCCGUUUUUACCCAAACGGAGGUGGCCCACGAGGUUACCACGAAGAGCAGAGGGGCUACCAAGGUGAAGGCCUUCAUUUUCCUGAACGCAGAGCCAUCCCACCCGCACGAAGGGAGGAUUAUCCUUACAGAGUACCCAGAGAAGAACCACACCCAGGACGGCAAAUAGAAUUUGGUGCCCGCGCACCACCUCCUCAUAGUGUGCGUAGCCAGGGCAUGUAUCCAGCACCCAGAUCGCUGCCGGAGAGCGGGGAGGACACGUUGGUGCAAGCCAUCCGGAACCUGGACAGAGGGUACGAGGAAAUGGAGGAGAGAGACCCCUACAGAAGAAAGGUGGCCCUGUUUCCUCCCAUCAGAGAGCGUUCCCCCGUGCGCCGAGAGGUGGCCCGCUCCCCCCACAGUCGCUCCGGCUCCAGCGUGAGCAGCAGAGGAUACUCACCAGACCGAGCCAAGAGCCUGCCUUUUCCCGCACAGCAAGGCAAGAGCGUGGACGGUCCAGAAGGUCACACGGGUGCUUCUGAGCACCUCUGGGGGGCGCUCUUCACUCAGCAAAGCGGACAUGACACUUUGGACAAAAUUCCCGGCUUGUCAAGAGAAGGUUCCCCACAAAGUGCAGCAUCAAACAGGGAGGAAAUCAAUCCUCCAGAAGAGAAAGAGGAACCAAUUUUGGCUCCCGUUGUCGAAGAGUUCAAAAAGCUCACAGAGGACUUUGAAGAGAGACGAGCCUUGUCCAUCGCCGCUAAAGCGCAAGAGAUUGAAAAGAUUUAUCGUCAGGACUGUGAAACGUUUGGAAUGGUGGUGAAGAUGCUUGUGGCCAAAGAUCCGAACUUGGAGAAACAGCUGCAGGUGCCGCUCCGGGAAAACCUCGGGGAGAUCCGCGAGCGCUGCUUGGAGGACCUGAAAAACUUCAUCAACGAGCUGGACGAGGCGGUCCUGCAGACGGAACAAUCUGUUUGUGACUUAGCCGCUCCCUCCACGUCCAAAACAACUCCCAAACUCUCAAAGACGGGCGUGAGCAGCAGCUCAUCUUUCUGAAGCUGCUCUGUCUAAAAAAAAAAAAAAAAUACACUUUUUUUUUUUUAUUUUU